GUCCCGAUUCCCAGUUCCAAAUUUCGGUUAACUUGGAGUGAUUUGAUGGAUAUUUCUACUUGAGUAGAUAUUACUGCUUCACUCUCUCUCUCACUCACUCACUCUCUCUCUCUCUCUCUCUCUCUCUCUCUCUGUAAACACGAGACCAAAAACCUUCAAGAACGUUGGUUGAUCCGAUUCCUAUCCAACCCGUCUUUCUUCUUUGGCCACAAGGAUUCAGUCCAACCUACCAGCAUGACACUGAGCUUCAUCUUUGGAUUGCUCGGCAACGUCACCACCGGCCUCAUCUACCUCGCUCCUGUGAAAACGUUUUGGCACAUCGUGAAGCGGAGAUCGACUGAGGAGUUCGAGAGCAUCCCGUACGUGUUCAAGCUGCUGAACGCCUACUUCUGGACUUACUACGGGAUCGUGAAGCCCAACAGUGUCGUCGUCGCGACCGUAAAUGGCUUCGGCAUCGUCCUCGAGAUCAUCUUCGUCGCCAUCUUCCUUAUCUAUGCUCCCCCCAGAAUGAGAAAGAGAACUGCAAUACUUGCAAUCACAUGCGAUGUGAUGUUCCCAGCAGCAGCAAUCUUAGUGACUCAGUUAACGUUGGACCGACAGAUGCAAAUCGCUGUUGCGGGCCUCUUGAGUGCUGUCUUUAGCAUGGUCGCCUAUGGUUCACCUCUCUCUGCCAUGAAGACGGUGGUUACCACGAAGAGUGUGGAGUACAUGCCUUUCCUCCUCUCCUUUGUCCUGUUCAUCAACGGCGGCGUUUGGACUGUUUACGCCAUCCUCACCAAUGACUACUUCAUUGGAAUACCAAACGGGACCGGGUUCGGACUUGGAACAGCUCAGCUGAUUCUGUACGCAAUGUAUUACAAGCCAAAGACCCAGUCGUCGUCGUCAACGGUGGAGGAAAAAGGGUGGCAACCACAUGAGCCUCUCUUAGAUCCAACUUCCAUUCCUCAAGUAGUAGUAGCUCAAGAGAAAGAUUGACAGAUACAUCAAUCUUUUUUUAUUUUGGACAGAGUUAGGUCAAUCCUAUCUGUUUAUUGGAAUAGUUAAUUAUUCCAAUUGAUGUUGCUGGUUUGAUUGUGUAUUUUCUUGGGACCAAAGUGUAAUAAUGUACUGCAGUUAAGGUAAGGCACAUCUUGUAUCGGACCCACCAUUAAGU